CAUAAAGCCUGAUGCACAUGCAUUUGUUAAAGAAACUGUUGCUAUCAAGUGUGACAUACAUGGAGGAGGAGAGACUCAGAGGCCAUACAGCUGGUAUAAGAAUAAUAACACACUUAAUAACUAUGGAGGCAAAUUACACACAACACAGGAAAUCAUUCUUAGGUCUGUUAACAACUCUGACAGUGGUAAUUACACCUGCAGUGGAAGUGUUUCAGAUGUCAGUGAUGCCGUUGUACUGAUUGUAUCAGCAAAACCGAAACCGACUGUGAGAGUGAAUCCUCACAGCUCCGUCUACACUGGAGACACUGUCACUCUGAGCUGUGAGCUGCAUCAGUCUACUGGGUGGGAGUUUCAUUGGGGCAAAUAUGUUCAGAAUUUAAAUACUGAAAACAUCUCCACCAACACACUUACCGUCACAGUCGAUAAUGCAGGAGAAACGCUUUAUCAGUGUAUUGCACACAGGGAAAAUGUGUGGACGGAUACAACCUACUACACGGAGUACAGUGAUCAAAUCAGGAUUGCAACAAGAGCAAAACCUGAACUGACUGUGAGAAUGAAGCAAAGUGGUGAGAGUCAGAGCUUCAUCUACACUGGAGACACCAUCACCCUGAGCUGUGAGCUGCAGGAGUCGUCUGGAUGGGAGUUUUUCUAUUACAAAAAUUAUAUGCAAAUUCUAAACAGUGAACAGGUAAACUCACUUGAACUGACAGUUAAUAAUUCAGGAGAAACAGUGUACCAGUGUAACGCGCGCAGGAGAUUCUACAACAGGGACAACAGUAAACAAUACUACAACUACACAAAAUUCAGUGAUCCUGUCAAGAUCACAGCAAGAGGUUCUAGAUUCAGGGCUGGAAUAGUAGGAGUGGCUGUGGGACUGAGUUUGUUCUUCCUGACUUUAAUGAUCAUGCUGUGGCACUAUAAAGAAAAGACAGAAAAGCAGAAAUCCAAUCAGAGCCACUCAGAAGCUAAAGACUUUCAGUCAGGACACACAGCACUUCAGCCUGGAAAUAAACACAUUAAUGCCACUGUGGAUCAGGCAGUUAUGAGUGAACCAGAUGAAGCUGCAGCUGAGAGCAGAGAAGCCACUUACGCACAGGUCACACAGAAAAAGAAGAGAAACAGGAACAAUGGUCGAGAGAAUUCUUCAAAAUGUGCUGAUGCUGAACUCAGCAUUAAUGAUGUGACUUAUGCUGAGGUUCAUCUAAAACCAAUGAACAAAGUAAAGAGAGCACAAGUGAAGACCAGUGAGGAUGAUGAUACUAUUUACUCAGAGCUGCAUCAGAACAUGAAGUGAGCCAUGUGUCUUUCAACUCAGAAGAGUCUACUUUUGAAGAAGAAUAGAAUAGCCAUUAUUUGUCACAUAUACAUUACAGCAAAAUACUUUUCAUCACAUAUCCCUGCUUGUUCAGAGGCUGGGGUCAUAGUGCAGGGUCAGCCAUGAUACAGGGAUCCUGAAGCACAGUGGGUCUUACUAAAUGCCCCAAGAGUGGCAGCUGAGUGCUACCCAUGCUUGAACUCUUGACUUUCCAAUUAGUAUCCCAGAACCUUAACCAUUGAGCUACCACUCCUCAGCGGAAUUGUAAGAAUUUUUUUGUCUUUUGAUUUUGACAGCUCUUGUACUCUUAAAUUGCUUUAAUAUAAGCUUGAACUAUGCCAAAAUAUUUUUAGCUGUUUUGAGAACUUUCAUACAUUGACCAUUCACUGAAGAACUUGGAGAAACACAAAACUAGGUCUCCCUGAAGUAUUUAGUAAAUCGCAGAGGUUUAGCACGUCAGAUCAAGAUCAAGUAAUCCACCACAGCACCAAUUGGCUUCCUUUUUCAGGAUUCCUUCACUAAAUGGUGUACCUGCUUAAAACGCUUGUACCAUGUUUGUCUUUGUUAUACUUUGUUUUGCCCACCAGAUGUCACUGUUGUGUACCUUUAUUUGAUUGCUUGUUUUAAUCCAAUUUGUGCUCAGUCUUUUGUUCUCUCCAGUAUUUUUUAUUUGCUUGGUCUUUGAUUUUUCUGGUCAGAACCUCAUUUAUGUUUUCUUAUGACCCAUGUUGUAAGAUUUUGCUUUUUUAUUUUGACUCUCUAGAUUGCGAGUGUAGUGUCUGAUCUUUUUAAGAUUUUUGUGACAAUAUUUUUUAAAAGCUUUUGGUAAGUUGUAAAGAUGAGCUCUGAUUUUUUUUGUUUUUGUGUUUUGUUAGA